AUGGUCUCUCGUGGCCGCGAUGAAAAUCAGCCGCUCAUGACCGAUUACUUCGACAACGCCGACGACUCCACCAUGAAUCCCGGUCCAAGCGACGACGAGAGCGGUCGUGGCGCAUCGCAUCCCGACGCGCCGCUCCCUGCCAACAGCCAGCCCAAGACGACGACGACCAUCCAUACUACACCUGCGAUCGACGAGUCCGAACCCGCCUCCUCUGGCGCCAACGCGCGCGCUACUUCGCCGCUCGAGGUGUCCGACGCGGCCAGCGGCAUAUCCACCCCUCGCUUCGUCCAGGACGAGUCAUCCUGGAAACGAUGGAAAUGGGUCCCCUACCCGGUUCGACGAACCUGCAAGGUCAUCGCCAAGUGGUCCAAGGGACCGCCCGAUCCUCAGCCGUAUCGCAUACGGCCACUGUUUCCGCGCCUGCAGGAGUUUCCCCUGGUCUUGGUGCAGAGAUUCUUGCCCACCAAGGUGCGCAGGUUCUGGGUGCUGUUCGCCUUCUUCUCCAUAUGGCUGAUUACAUAUGUUCUCGUGAAACGCCAGGGAAGCGUUGCCAGCGAAAUUGUCGGAUGGGGCGAGCCGGAGGCCAUCGGUUGUGGUGUGACCUACUGGGGCGCGGGGAACAGCUGCGGCGUGGACGGCAACAACUGCCGUCCCUUCAACGCCUCUGGCUUUCCCUUUCGCUGUGCUGGAAAUUGUGAGAGUUACCACGUGCUCAAUCCCAGAGCCGUCGGAGACCAGGAGGUCAUUUAUCAGCCUUUCGUGGUGGGGGGCAACGGGACGUAUAGGGGGGACAGCUUUAUCUGUGGCGCGGCGAUACAUGCCGGCAUCGUGUCAAACGCCGAUGGAGGCUGCGGCGUGGUCCAACUCGUCGGGGAGCAGGCCGAAUUUCCGAGUGUCAGCGCCAACGGCAUCGAUAGCGUGGGCUUCGACUCAUACUUUCCGCUCGCCUAUCGCUUCGUCCCGGAUCUGCAGUGCUCGGCGCGGGACAUGCGGUGGGCCCUGCUCGGAAUCUCAGCAACGUUCACCGGCCUCCUGUCGCUCUUCACGGCCUCGCCAGCCUUGUUCUUCUUUGGCAACUUUAUUGGGAUCUUCUGGACUGUAGGCACGGCGCUGGAUACGCCGCCGCACAAGUCGAACGCGGGGCUGUUCUCCAAGAUUCUAGGCAAGUUCCUCCCUGCCAUGUUCGUCGCGUGGGUCAUGUACGACAAGAUGGGCGUGCGCCGGACGCUCAAGGGUCUUCGGGCACAGAGCGAGAAGACCAUCCUGUGGUUGGGCCCAUGCUGGGUCGGCGCAAUGGACAACUACACGCUGAGCUUUAUCCCCAUCCAGCGCCUGAACGCCCACGACCUGCAGCAGCAGCCUGGCGCAAAGGCCGCCCUAGCGAUCAUCAUCCUGGUCUUGCUGUGCGUCGUCGUGUCGCAGGUCUGGUUCUUCCGAAAAGAAGGGCGGUUGCUCAAGUACCUCAAGCUGUACGCUCUCUUCAUUGCCGGGAUCGUCAUCGCUCUGACAUUGCCGGGUCUGGACCUGCGCAUUCAUCAUUACAUCCUUGCCUUGUUGCUCUUGCCUGGCACAAGCAUGCAGACCAGGCCGAGUCUGGUCUACCAAGGCCUGCUCAUCGGGCUAUUCAUUAACGGCAUCGCGCGGUGGAACUUUGAUGCCGUUCUCCAGACACCGGGUGAGCUACGGGGUGAUGCGCAACUCGGGACAGAAUUGCCGGUCAUCAACACACCGUCCAUUGCGCUCGCAAACAGCACGGACAUGUCGUCCAAUAUUACAUUUAUAUGGGAGGCGCCUAGCAAGCAGAAGUCAUUUGAUGGCAUUAGCAUCCUCGUUAACGACGUGGAGCGUUUCCGGUCCUACUUCCAAGACCAAGUCGGGCGGGAGGACGAGUUUAUCUGGAGUAGAGAGAAGGAUCUCGACAUGCCUGAGUAUUUUCGAUUCGCAUAUAUGGACGGCAGUCACAGCGGAGACUAUACCAAGGCUGGCAUCUGGACAGCCGAGGGGGAGUGGCAGGAGAUGAAGCCAGGGCCGUCCAAGGUGAAGGCGAGGAAUGAAGACGACGACGACGAACAUGUGUUGAAGAAAAGACGACGAGCUCUAUAG